AUGGACGCGGCCGAGGUGGAGUUUCUGGCCGAGAAGGAGCUGGUGACCAUCAUCCCUAACUUCAGUCUGGACAAGAUCUACCUCAUCGGGGGGGAUCUAGGACCUUUUAACCCCGGCUUACCCGUGGACGUGCCGUUGUGGCUGGCGAUUAACCUAAAACAAAGACAGAAGUGUCGGGUGGUGCCUCCUGAGUGGAUGGAUGUGGAAAAGCUGGAGAAGAUGAGAGACCAUGAACGCAAGGAGGAAACAUUCACCCCGGUGCCCAGCCCUCACUACAUGGAGCUCACCAAGCUCCUGCUGAACCAUGCUUCCGACAACAUUCCCAAGGCAGAUGCAAUCCGGACCCUGAUCAAGGACCUAUGGGACACGCGCAUGGCCAAGCUCCGCGUGUCUGCUGACAGCUUUGUGCGGCAGCAGGAGGCACAUGCAAAGCUGGAUAACUUGACCCUGAUGGAGGUCAACAGCAGCGGGGCCUUCCUCACCCAAGCACUAAACCACAUGUACAAACUUCGCACAAACCUCCAGCCUUCCGAGAGCGCGCACUCUCAGGACUUCUAGGCAGAGCCUGUGGGAUGCAAGCUCUGCCGUCUUGCUGAUGGGUGACAUGUGGGAAUGAGUGCCCAUGUUAUGAACUUUUGAAAACAUGUAAUGGUAUAAGGAAUAGAUUUAUAACAUUGGUGGGGAAACAACAUUUGUGACUUUUCCCCCAAGUACAGCGCUGCUAAAAGGUCAGGCCAGUUCCCCACCUAAUUCUAGAAACCAGCUUUCUUUUUAAAGGGAGACAGAGAAUAUGGGCACAUCUCUUGCUGUUGCAAAAUAUCACCAGACAUAUGUGCCACUUUGUGCAUCUGGCUUUACAUGGAUACUGAGGAAUUGAACCUGAACCAGUAGACUUGGCAAGCAAGCGCUUUAAUGGCUAGGCCAUCUUCCUAGCCUAGGUAGCUUUCUUUGAUGGAGGAAAGAAAAGUUUUAUGGGUGUGACUUGUUUAUAGAGCCACACAAGGCGAGGGUUCAGUGGCUGGUGGAGACACAGCAGAUGUGGCCAUGGGCUUUUUUCCCUUGGCCCCCAUUUCUUGUCUCCAUAUAGAGGUUGUUCAUACAGGAGGACAGCAGAUGGGAGUCACUGGUAAUGUUGGCCAGUAUUUUAUUAUCUAAGCCCUAGUAAGCAAUAAAAAUGUCAUUGUCAAA